AUGGAAAGGCUAAUACUUGAAUAUAAUUCCUUACACCAACAACCAAUUCAAGGUGUUUCAUUAGAGAUAGGUCUCGAUUUUCAACAUUGGCAAGGCGUUUUUAUCGGUCCCGAAGACAGUCCUUUUGAGAAUGGAAGAUUUCGUUAUGAAAUUAUUUUCCCUUCAAAUUAUCCAGAAAACCCCCCAGAAUUUUUUAUAAAAACCAAAAUUUUUCAUCCAAACAUAAGUGCAGAAGGCAAUGUUUGUUGCGAUUUAAUUGGAUCAGGGUGGUCUUCACGCAAUUCUGUUAGAUCAAUAUUUUAUGGGGUUUUUGCCGUGCUCAGCCAACCUAAUGCAAAAAAUGGAUAUUUAAAUGAAGCUCUAGAAAUUUUUCUAAAAAGUAAAGAUGAGUAUGAUAGAGAAGCCAGUAACUGUACAAGAAAGUACGCGAAAUAA